AUGCCUAUUCGGUCGCAGUCUGUCCGGACGCGGCGGCCACCGACCGCAGCACGGCCCGAACCCCUUCCCCGUUCCGAGUCGUCAACGAGAGCCGAGUCCUCGCGUCCCCAGCGUCGCAGCAGUCAGCGAUCAAGCACGACCCAGUCGCCCCGGCAUCCGCAGCCCGACAUGCCCGCUCCGACCGAAGAGGUUCCGGACAGGGCCGUCGACCCCCAGGGGCAGCGCGCGUCCAAGCAGAGAUACCGCACUGUCAUCCCAGCCCCGUCGGGAAACUAUGCCUUUAUAAAGACCAUUGGACAAGGGAGCAUGGGUAAAGUGAAGUUGGCCAAGAAGGAAGGCACAGGUGAAUUGGUCGCUUGCAAAAUCAUCGAGAGGGUAUCGGCCGAUGACGGCCGCCAGAGCAGAGAAGAUCGGGAGAGGGCCGACGCUGCCAGGGAGGACCGCAACGCCCGUGAAGCUGCCAUCGUCAGUCUCCUGAAUCACCAGUACAUCUGCGGGCUGCGCGACAACUUGCGGACACGAUGGCACUGGUAUAUGCUCUUUGAAUACGUCAAUGGCGGCCAGAUGCUCGACUACAUCAUCUCCCACGGGAAACUCAAGGAGAAGCAAGCCAGGAAGUUUGCGCGCCAGAUAGCGAGCGCCGUCGACUACUGCCAUCGAAACAGCAUCGUCCAUCGAGAUCUAAAGAUCGAAAACAUUCUGAUCAGCAAGACAGGUGACAUCAAGAUCAUCGACUUUGGCCUCAGCAACCUUUUCUCGCCAGACGAGGACAGGAAACUCAAGACAUACUGCGGCAGCCUCUACUUCGCCGCCCCGGAGCUGCUCCAAGCGAGACCGUACACAGGGCCCGAGGUUGACGUGUGGAGCUUCGGCGUGGUUCUCUUUGUGCUCGUCUGCGGCAAGGUGCCGUUUGAUGACCAGUACAUGCCCGCCUUGCACCAAAAGAUCAAGAAGGGCGUAGUUGACUACCCCAACUGGCUCUCGAGCGAAUGCAAGCAUCUUAUUUCCCGCAUGCUAGUCACGGACCCAAGGCAGCGCGCUACUAUGCACGAAGUCAUGAACCACCCGUGGAUGAUUAAAGGUUACAAUGGCCCUCCCGAUAACUUCCUCCCGCAUCGCGAGCCUUUAAAACUGCCGCUCGACGAGGAGGUCAUUGCACAUAUGACGGGAUUCAAGUUUGGCUCCCCAGACCACAUUCGCGAGGAACUGACGAGGAAAAUCACAUCGCCAAAGUACCAAGCAGCAGCCCGGCGCGUGGAAAAGGAGAGAGAGCAGCCGCAGCCUACGCCCAAGGAUGUCGAUAGGAGACGAGGCUUCGGUUUCGAUUUCUAUAAGCGUCGAAAUUCCAUAACCAGCAGGGACACUUUGACCAACGGCAGUGCAGACGGCCUGCCCAUCGGCGAUGAUCCGCUGAACGCAUAUGACCCCAUGAUUUCCAUCUACUAUCUCGUCCGGGAAAAGCUUGAGCGGGACCGGCAAGAGGCACAAACCGCACAACCAGCAGUGCCACCCAAGGUGCAAGUCCCGCCGUCUCCGCAACAAGCCCAGCCGUCGCCGGCUUUGCUCUCGCCUGUUCCGCGGCCAAAGGAGAAGCAUUCCCUUGCCGAAAUUGUCCCGCCGCAGCCGGCGCAUACCGACGGCGGCCCGCGGACCCGGACGAGAGCAAGGUCACACAGCGAAGACCAGGUUAGGGAGCCGGCCAAUCACGGCCUCCUCUCGCCGGACAUGGUGCCGCCCAAGAAGAGCGGCAACGGGCCCGUGUCGCUUCUGCGGAGGCUCAGCACACGCGACAGGAGGAAGGAGCCUUCCGAGGCAAAAGCCAGCAUCAUACAAAAAUCCGUCUCAAUGCGCGCCAAAUCGCUCGGCCACGCCCGCCGGGAGAGCAUCCAGGCGCGCCGCGCAAAGCGCGAGGCCGAGGCGCGCGACCAGCAACUGCACCCGCCGCAGACGCCGCACCAUCACGAGCCGGUCAAGGAGGAGACGGACGCCGAGCUGGGACUCGAGGUCGAGCCCGGCGAGACGAGCGGGGGAUCCCACGAGCGGCUCGAGCCCGAGGAUCCGGACCUCGCCAAGCCCGUGUAUCUUAAGGGUAUCUUCAGCGUCUCGACCACGUCCACCAAGCCGCUACCGGAGAUCAGGGCGGACAUCAAGCGUGUGCUCAAGAUGCUCGGGGUUGACUACACCGAAAUCAAGGGUGGUUUCAGCUGCACGCAUGCGCCGAGCAUCGCCGAGGAGGAUAGGUAUUUCUCCACGAGCGGCCGUGGCGGCUCUGGUGGCGGCAGUGAUGGACGCCAGGGGGAUGGCGAGAUACGGUUCGAAAUUGUCAUUGUCAAGGUGCCUAUCGUCAGCCUGCACGGCGUGCAGUUCAAGAGGGUUGGCGGCGAUACGUGGCAGUAUAAGGCCAUGGCGGAGCAGAUUGUGCGGGAGUUGAGAUUGUGA